AUGGAGGAGAUUGAAUCCAUCUUUGACUCCGUGUUUGCUCCUAUUCCAGGAGAAGCAGUACACGAGCUGGAUCCCUCUUUGGUAUCAAACCUACUCCAACUGUAUGGAAGCGAUGAGGAUAUACUAGAUGCCUACUACGUCUUCAUCCAUCCUUAUCACCCCAUUCUACCUCAACCCGAACGUUUGCCCGUAUAUAACCGCCCCUUGUCUCAGCGGCCAGAGUUUCAGCCAUUGAGUCCGCUCAGUCUAGCCAUCUCUGCCGUUCUGGUUCUCAUUCCGCAUCCGAGCGAGACAGAUCCAUUGAGAGCAGAGUAUGUGAAGCUUCGUAGGGACUUCGCGCACUCCUUUGCUCGAGAUGCCCUGUACGCUGUAGAGGUUGAUUGCAGUCUGCUGAACCCAUCGGAUAAUGUUCUCAGUGUGGAUAGAGCGCAGUUUCAUCCUAAGUUGCCUUUGCAUUUAGAAAGUAUCCUAGCUCUGAAUCUUCUGAGUGUUUAUGAGUAUGCACAGCGAGGGAAUUUGAGCACAAUGAGCGAUCGAGCGAAUCAGGCGCUGACCUCAGCGAUGAAAUUGUCGUUGCACGAGUCUCUCGAGGAGGAUGAAUACGCAGAAGCCAGACGGAGGACCUGGUGGAUGACGUAUAUGGUGGCGUGUCAAGCAGCCAUUGUGAGCACCAUGCCUGCAACAUUCGACCCGUUUGACCCUCAUUUCGUGACACCAUUUCCAGAGGGAUGGAAGGUUCCUGUCGAGGCGCAACAGACGCUCCUUGAGACUGUCGCGUUCAUGACUGACCUCGAGCAAAUGAAGGCUUCCGGCCAAAGUGACCCUGGGAUACGGGAGCGAAUGUUGGGUCUUGAUUCACAGAUUGGAUCAUUGUUGUUUCUAUGCAGAGACGCGCCGUCUGCUCCCAAGAUUGUUCCAACUGGGCUAGAAUCUCCGGAGGUCAUGGCCUCCAAGAUCAUGAUCACUAUUGCAGAAAUUCGAUUACACACAGCCAGAAUUAAAGCCCACAGACUUUGCGCUUUCCAAGAUAUUCCCGGUUUCCAUCAACGACUCUACGAAUUCGGACCAUCUCCCACUGUAUCUGAAUCCGAGACUCAGCCCAAGUCUCCUUCUGAGAAUGGAGCAGAAAUUACCCUGCCUUUAACGCCUUUGGCAAGCUCGCCUCUGCAUUUUCCUUUCUCCUCCCACGAAUCAUCCAAAAUCUGCUUCCAUGGCGCUCUCAACAUCGUCACCUUACUGAACAAUCUUCCCUUUCCUAACCCGACCAACGAGAUCCCGCUCAACAGCCCACCAUAUCUCUCCCCGACAACCCGCGUCGAGAUUCCACGGAGCGUAUUGACCUUUGCCUGCUGUGGAAUGCAAUCCGGCUACGUGAUGUUGAUGCUCUGUCUCAAGGCACGCUCUCUGCGCGAGUACCGCAUGGAGGCAUCCAAUUUCGCAAACGCUCCCUCUCUGACUGCUCUUUUGAAUGAGCUGCAUCAAAGCUUACGGCUCCUUGUAAAGUUUUUGACUAAUUGUGCGGUCGCAUUUGAGGCGCUUUCUGGAAUGAGAGGUAAUCCCAUGUCUGAGAUUAUCGUUGACUUUCUUUGA